CGAAUUCCAGCGUAUUGCCCAAAUACGGAAGAGUUAGAGCGCCGUCACUAGGCGGCUAUGGUGCGACGUGACGUAAGCCCUGUAAGUUCUCUGUAAGCCCUGUUACCUCAACGUCAUACUCUGAGGAAGACAGCACAGUGCUGCAGAUACUCUUCACAGAAUGAAGGCUUUUUUGGCGACGCUCACGAACGCUCUGGAAAUUCGGUAGAAGGAGAUAAUCGAUGUGGAAAUCGGCCCCUCCGCUGUUUGAGACGCCCUGACUGCGCUUCGAAUGGACUUGACUGGAGACUCCGUAAUCCGCUGUCGUUGGCCUUGUGCAAGAGGAGGAAUGUGAAGAAGACAUUGUCACUUUGGAGAAGCACGAAAUAAUAUUAGUAAAUCGUGAUUCCUGGUCCCCGUCUCGCCUCCGAAACCAGCUGAGUCAUGGCACCAGCGACGGAGCAGCGAGGCAGCUCCAAGCCCGCCGAGAAGAAAGGGGCGUGGCAGGCGUUCCUGGACUUCUUCACUAAACCGGUGUGCUACAUGAUCUCUUUCUCGGCGCUUGGCAUCCUGCAAGGCUGCUACUACUCCUACCUCAUCGGCAUCAACACGACGCUGGAGCGGCGGUUUGCCUACGGAAGUCGCACCGCGGGCUUUGUCUUCUUCGCGGACAACUUCGGCCCCAUCCUUCUGGGUGUCUUCAUCGGCACGUACAGCCCGAAAAGACACAGGCCGAGAUGGGUGGGAUUCGCUGCCGUCCUCAUGGGCGCAUCGUGCCUGCUCGCCUCGCUGCCCUAUUGGCUUUUCGGAAAGGCGGACGAGGCGUUCAGCAUGACGGAUCCCGAGGUCGAGUCCGACCUGAACCACUUCUGCCACGACCAGGAAGAGGAGAGGCGCUUCCAGGAGCUCAACUGUCAGCAGUCCCGCAAGUCAGAGACGCUUCCCGCCCUGUUACUUCUUGUCAGCUGCAACUUCCUCACGGGCAUUGGCACUGCCGUCUACUACUCGGCCGGCACGGCCUACCUUGACGACCUCAUUAAAAGAAAGCACUCGGCCGUCUAUAUGGCAAUCAUGACCGUCGUUCGAGGCUGUGGACCCUGCCUGGGAUUCAUCGUUUCAGCACUUAUCCUCGCAAUCUACGAAGACCCGUUUUACAACCCAGGAUUUGCCGACGAAGACCCGCGGUGGAUCGGAGCCUGGUGGCUAGGAUUCGUCAUCCUAGGCUUCCUCCAGCUGGUGUUCGCCGUGCCGCUCUUCUUCUUCCCCAAGCGCUUGGCUGACGAUGAAUCUGACAGGCCGACUGAGGAAGAGAAGGAUAUGAGCAUAAGAGAAGCAUUCCAGGCUUCAAAGCGGCUCAUCAAGAACCCGAUAUUCGUCGCACAGAUGUGUGCCCACGUGUUCAAGUGGUUCGGCGUCCUGGGAUUUUGCACGUACGUGCCCAAAUACGUGCAGGAACAUUUCCAGCAGUCUCCCAGCGCUGCCUCAGUCUUAAGCGGAACAUUUCCAAUAGGAUGCGCCAUGGUUGCCACGCUCGGUGGUGCAUUCCUGAUGAAGACGUUUCGGCCUUCUGCUCGCAUACUUACUGCCAUCAUUUUUGCGACGGAGCUGAUAACAGCGCUGAUCUUCAUCUCACUCAUGGCUUUCAGCUGCCCUCAGCCGCCAUUGAGAGAGAAGGGGUUGGAUCUUGUCAACAGUUGCAACCAGAACUGUUCUUGCGCGACCGAAGUGUUCCAUCCAAUAUGCGAAGGCAAAACAACCUAUUUUUCUCCUUGCUUUGCCGGAUGUUUUACCAAAGGAACAAACGGCACAGCGCAGAGAGGGACUUACGACAACUGCAUGUGCGUCGACGCAUUCGACAACGACGGCUUGGCGCGACGAGCAAAGGAUGGAUUCUGCGAGAGUGACUGCCCGUUCUUGACCUUCUACAUCCUGCUGCUGUGCAUCGCCUACGGUUUCUCAUUCAGCACAAAGGCUGCUCAGAUAGUCAUUCCACUCAGGUGCGUCGAUCCAUCUGACAAGGCAUUUGCUCUCGGCUUUGCGGAAGGAGUUCUGGCAUUGUUCUCGUUCCUGCCCUAUCCUCUGGUGUACGGCUCGCUGGUGGACUCAACGUGCGUCGUCUGGGAGGAAAGCUGUGGUCAGCGCGGCAACUGCUGGGUGUACGACCAGCGCACCUUCAACUACUCGCUGCACGGCACCACCUUCAUCCUGCUCAUGGUCGGCGUGGCCCUCAACUUCGUCGUGUUCCUCCUCAGCGGUCGGCUCGGAAACCUCUACGGGCGAGAGAAGCGCUUCCUUGCCGACAGAAGGCGAGUCCCAGCGCCGGGAGACGCCGACCCUCAAUCUUCGUCCAGAAGAUCCUCCAAGGGAUCCUUCCGGAAGCUGGCGAAAAAUGAGAUCUAUAACAUGGUGGCCACGAGUAAUCCCGACGAUGAAGAGUGAAAAGAGUUGUGAAGACGCCACAAUGUGGUCGCGCUUGAAACUCUUCGCCUGGAACAGUUCGCCACGUACACACGCGGGGUUCAUGCGGCUGUAACAAUAUCCGGUCGACCUCGUGCGAAAAUAGACAAUACUCGUUCUGCAAUUUCAUUCGCUUUCAGGCCUGCCUGAAAGCGUGCUUCUGCGGCUUGAUUUCAGCGACAUGGUUUUGGUGGGACAUUUAAUAUCAAGCAUUGUGUUCUCCUGCCAAAUUCAAACUACCUUUCAGCCAUCCACGCCCGUUGUCUGCAAUGACGUGCCGCUCUGCAAAGUAUUCUUUGCAGUGUACACCCAAGUGCGAGACCGCUUACGUUGGGCAGCAAAGAACAUCUCACAGGAUUGUGGUACUGGAGGAGAAGGUGACUUCGAGUAGCUUCUACAAAGCGCUCGAUUAGCGGCUUGAUAUGCGUGUAUGCUCUGUUGACUUGCAGCAUAAGUUAAAGGUAACUGCAGCGAUGACAUAGGCAUGAGCGACUUCUCGAGAUGUACUUGUCGUAUGGUGUACGGCUAUAAACUACUUUGGUUGUGAUAAAAUGUCAAUUCUUGCGCACCAAACGCUCGGUACGGUCAGCACAUUGGGGGUGUACCCGCCGUGCUGGUUGAGCGGCUAUCGCUGGGCGCUGACCACAAUGAUCUUACCAAAAUCUGAAAAUAAAAUACGCGGAGUAAAAUAAAAGUGCACUUUCACCGAUACUCUGCAACGUUCCCAUUUUUGUGGGUUUUUUUUCUUUAUCAGAGAAAUGAUAGUCCACAAUAACUAGCUAAAAUCAAAGCUCCGGACAACAAGUACAAUAAUAA